CUGUCUAAGUCAAUUAGAAUGAAGGAAGAUGGCGAAUGCCCAGUUAAUCACUCCGUCCAUACGUUUCACUAGCAGGGCCCGGACUGCGGAGGGCCAGCGGUGGUGGUGCUGCAGAAAACCGAUCGACGACCCCGCAAUUAACGGGAAAGGCAAACAAAAAAAAGGCAAAAAUGUCGGGCGUUGAGGUUGAAGUAUUGGCGUAUCGGGUGGGGUAGGGUGGUUUGCUGGUUGACUUUAAUUUGCUUCCCGAAAAACAGAAACGAGCUGGAUUUUAAAAAAAAAAAAACAGUAGGGCGGGGGGGAAGAGGAGACCCGGACAGGGAAAAGGGAAAUUUUUGCAAGAAAAAGAAAAAAAGGGGAAAAAAGAGGAAAAAGCAGGCAGGCAGAAAGAAAAGAGAGGAGGAGGAAAUUAAGAAGGGGGAGGAGAAAUGAAGGAAGGAAGGGUGGAGCAGCUGCUGGGGCUUCUAAAGGUGAAGGUGGUGAGAGGCGUCAACCUCGCCGUCCGAGAUGUCAGGAGCAGCGACCCCUAUGUCAUCCUCAGGAUGGGUAAACAGAAGCUCAGGACUCGAGUGAUAAAGAAGAACACGAAUCCAGAGUGGAAUGAAUAUUUAACUCUUUCUGUUGAGGAUCCUGCUCUCCCAGUUAGGCUUGAAGUGUUUGACAAGGACACUUUCAGCAAUGAUGAUCCGAUGGGCAAUGCAGAGUUUGACAUCCGCCCGUUUGUUGAGGCUGUGAAGAUGAAUUUGCAAGGCAUUCCGAAUGGUACCAUCGUAAAGAAGGUUGUUCCGAACAGGCAGAACUGCUUGGCUGAGGAAAGUGCCAUAUAUUUUUCCGAGGGAAAGGUCAUUCAAGAUCUCGCUCUCAGGCUGAGAAAUGUAGAAUGUGGCGAAGUUGAACUGCAGCUGCAAUGGACCAGCAUACCUGGUUUCAGGAGCUUUUAAGCUUUCUAAUAUAUAAUAAUAUAUGCACGUGUGGUAUGGAGUUUGUUGUGCGAAGACAUGUAACUGCAAUACUGGAAAGCAUGAUAUGUGAGAUUUGGGUGUUCUGCUACUACCGCCUGUAAAUAAAGUUAUGAUUGAAAAUUUAUGUUAACAUCACGCCCGCUACUCUUUUGUGUUUU